AUGUCUUGCCUCCUGCGCUGUGUGUCCUGCAGUGCUGUGCCCUUGUUUCGUCAAGGUGUCGUACAAAAGACCGCUGGAAAAAGACAUUUCCAGAGUUUCCCAGUUCUAUGGAAUCAGCAAACUUCCAAAGGCGUGCGGUACAGAGACGUCCUGGUUGGUGUCCCUAAAGAGAUCGUGAAGAAUGAGAGGAGGGUGGCCGUGUCCCCGGCAGGAGUGCAGGCGUUGGUCAAACAGGGCUUCAGCGUGCAGGUGGAGAGCGGUGCUGGGGGGGAGGCCAAGUUUUCUGAUGACCAAUACAAAGAGGCCGGGGCCAGAAUAACAGACGCUAAGGGCGCCUUUGGCUCUGACCUGGUUUUGAAGGUACGCGGGCCAGUGUUUAAUGAGGUGUUGGGGGUGCACGAGGCAGAGUUGCUCAAACCCAGAUCCACUCUGGUCAGCUUCAUCUAUCCAGCACAAAACCCAGAGCUGAUGGGGAAGCUGUCCAAGCAGCAGAGCACGGUCCUGGCCAUGGAUCAGGUCCCCAGAGUCACCAUCGCUCAAGGCUACGACGCCCUCAGCUCCAUGGCCAACAUUGCAGGAUACAAGGCUGUGGUGCUGGCAGCAAACCACUUUGGACGAUUUUUCACAGGUCAGAUCACAGCAGCAGGGAAGGUGCCUCCAGCCAAGGUCUUGGUCAUCGGUGGUGGAGUGGCCGGUUUAGCUGCUGCAGGAGCAGCAAAAUCAAUGGGAGCCAUUGUGAGAGGUUUUGACACAAGGCCAGCAGCUCUGGAGCAGUUUAAGUCAUUUGGGGCAGAGCCUUUGGAGGUUGACAUUGCCGAGUCUGGUGAAGGUGUUGGUGGCUACGCCAAGGAGAUGUCUAAGGAAUUCAUAGAGGCAGAGAUGGCUCUGUUUGCAAAGCAAUGCAAAGAUGUUGACAUCGUAAUCAGCACUGCACUCAUUCCUGGGAAGAGGGCACCAAUCCUCAUCACCAGACAGAUGGUGGAGUCGAUGAAAGACGGUUCUGUUGUGGUUGAUCUGGCGGCGGAGGCAGGAGGAAACAUUGAGACAACCAAACCAGAAGAGCUUUACGUGCACAAGGGGGUGACACACAUUGGAUUUACGGAUCUGCCCAGCAGAAUGCCAACCCAGGCCAGCACACUGUACUCCAACAACAUCCUCAAACUGCUGAAAGCCAUCAGCCCUGACAAAGAAUACUUUCACUUUGAGCCCACAGAUGAGUUUGACUAUGGAACAAUCGACCAUGUGAUUAGAGGAACCAUGGUCAUGAAGGAAGGCAAAAAUCUGUUCCCAGCACCUCUUCCAAAGACUGCCCCGCCGGCCGCUCCGCUGAAGCACAAAACAGUGGCCGAACUGGAGGCGGAGAAGCAGGCGCAGAUUUCCCCUUACAAACGAACCAUGACCUCCGCAGGCGUUUACACAGCAGGUAUCUCAUCCAUCCUGGCUCUGGGCAUUGUCUCUCCCAAUGCUGCCUUCACCCAGAUGGUCACCACCUUUGGCCUGGCUGGGAUCGUUGGUUAUCACACAGUGUGGGGCGUGACUCCUGCCCUACACUCCCCACUCAUGUCUGUCACCAACGCCAUCUCAGGUCUGACGGCCGUGGGUGGCCUGGUGCUCAUGGGUGGAGGCCUAACUCCAUCCACUUUGCCCGAGUCUCUCGCUCUGCUCGCAGCCUUUGUCUCCUCCAUCAACAUUGCAGGUGGUUUCCUUAUUACUCAGAGAAUGCUGGACAUGUUUAAGCGCCCGACGGAUCCUCCAGAGUAUAAUUACCUCUAUGCCAUUCCGGGCGUGGUCUUUGUGGGUGGUUAUGGGGCAUCUGUGGCCAGCGGAUACCAUAUUGAACAGAUGAUGUAUCUGGGUUCUGGGCUGUGCUGCGUUGGUGCGCUAGCAGGGCUGUCCGCACAGGGCACCAGUCGGCUGGGCAACGCCCUGGGCAUGAUCGGAGUGACAGGGGGUAUCGCUGCCACUCUGGGGGCACUGAAACCCUCCCCAGAGCUGCUGUCCCAGAUGUCUUUGGCCAUGGCCACUGGGGGCACUAUUGGCCUGACCAUCGCCAAGAAAAUUGAGAUUUCUGACCUCCCUCAGCUGGUGGCUGCUUUCCACAGUCUAGUGGGUCUGGCUGCGGUUUUGACCUGCGUUGCUGAGUUCAUGAUUGAGCAUCCCCAUUUAGACGCACACCCGGCCGCCAACGUGGUGAAGACCGUGGCCUACCUGGGCACCUACAUCGGUGGCGUCACCUUCAGCGGUUCCCUGGUGGCCUAUGGCAAGCUACAGGGCAUCCUGGACUCCGCCCCUCUGCUCCUCCCAGGCCGUCACAUGCUGAACGCGGGCCUGCUGGCUGCCUCCGUGGGUGGGAUGGUGCCCUUCAUGAUAAGCGACAGCUAUGCCACAGGCAUGGGCUGUCUGCUCGGGGUCUCUGGCCUCUCCACCAUUAUGGGAGUCACUCUGACGGCAGCCAUCGGAGGCGCAGACAUGCCAGUGGUUAUAACUGUUCUAAACAGUUACUCAGGCUGGGCUCUGUGUGCUGAGGGCUUCCUACUGGACAACAACCUCAUGACCAUUGUGGGAGCCCUGAUUGGUUCUUCUGGUGCCAUCCUGUCCUACAUCAUGUGUGUGGCAAUGAAUCGCUCUCUGCCGAACGUCAUCUUGGGUGGCUAUGGAACCACAUCCACUGCUGGGGGGAAGCCUAUGGAGAUAGUGGGAACCCACACAGAGGUGAAUGUGGACCAGGCUAUUGAGAUGAUCAAAGAGGCCAACAGCAUUAUCAUCACUCCUGGAUGGGGUCUCUGUGCAGCCAAAGCCCAGUAUCCCAUUGCAGACAUGGUGAAGAUGCUUUGUGAACAGGGAAAGAUGGUCAGGUUUGGGAUCCAUCCCGUGGCGGGUCGCAUGCCAGGUCAGCUGAACGUGCUGCUGGCCGAGGCUGGCGUCCCGUACGACGUGGUCCUGGAGAUGGAUGAAAUAAACGAGGACUUCCCUGACACAGAUCUCACCCUGGUCAUUGGUGCCAAUGACACCGUCAAUUCGGCGGCACAAGAGGAUCCAAACUCCAUUAUUGCUGGUAUGCCUGUACUGGAGGUGUGGAAGUCCAAACAAGUCAUUGUGAUGAAGCGGACUCUCGGUGUGGGAUACGCAGCGGUGGAUAACCCCAUAUUCUAUAAGCCCAACACAUCCAUGCUUCUGGGCGACGCCAAGAAGACAUGCGACAGCUUACAGGCCAAGAUCAGAGAGGCCUUCUACUGA